ACACACACACCCACACACAGUUUUAUCACAAGGAAUGGCUGCUGUCGCUAUUUUACGCAGUGAUUCACUCCAAGCGUUCCUGCAGGAUCGAACGCCAAAUUCUUCCCCGGAAUCGGCCAAACCGUCUCCACUGGCUCUCCUCGCUGCCACAUGUAGUCGGAUCGGGCAGACAGCCUCAUCUCACACUGAUUUCUUUCAGAUCCCCUACGACCCCACUGCUCUGGGCUCUCCAUCACGUCUCUUCCACCCUUGGAACGAUCUCCCGACCAACCCAGGCGGGCUCCCCUCCCACUCCAGCCUGACCCUGACUCCACCAAAGGUCCAUCAUCACCAUCAGCUGCCCCAUCACAUCCAAGCGCCCUAUGGCUCCCAUGAACUCCCUCUGACUCCGCCGGCAGAGCCCAACUACCCGUUCGAGUUGUCCCCUGUCAAGAUGCUCUCUUCAUCCAUGCAGACUUUAGCUUCCAGCUGCCAACCUACCUACGUGCCAGCCGUCACCUAUACCACACAGGCGCCCAUCAACCCGGCCAUGUCAGGUUUCGUCCAGACCCAAACCAACUUGCUUUCUCAUCAAUCCAGGCAGCUGUCUCCCAACCCAAUGGAGGAUAUCCCAUGGUGGAGCAUCCAACAGACCAACAGCGCCAGCCACCACUCCGCCAUCGCUCCUCACCGGUUCCCUCUCCAACGCUCCCUGGUUUUGGGGCACUCAGACUUCGCUCAGUAUCAGACUCAGAUCGCGGCUCUCCUUCACACCAAGUCCCCACUGGCCACAGCCAGGAGGUGCAGGAGGUGUCGUUGCCCCAAUUGCCAGUCGAACAGUGGCGAGGAGCCCGGCAAGAAGAAGCAGCACAUCUGCCACAUCCCCGGGUGCGGGAAGGUGUACGGCAAGACCUCGCACCUGAAGGCUCACCUGCGGUGGCACACGGGAGAGAGGCCCUUUGUGUGCAACUGGUUGUUCUGUGGCAAAAGUUUCACUCGUUCGGACGAGCUCCAGAGGCACCUGAGGACUCACACUGGGGAGAAGCGCUUUGCCUGCCCGGAGUGUGGCAAGAGGUUUAUGAGGAGCGACCACCUGGCCAAACACGUUAAGACACACCAAAAUAAAAAGGCUAAGGUCAGCCUGGAGCACGUCAAAAGGGAAGAAGGGAGUAACCUGUUAAGGGGCAACUGAGAGCAAACACAACACACACACACACAACACACAAAAACUUUGCAGACUGUUGAUGCAACUCAUUGCUUUUUGGUGGUGCAAUAUCCUUGAAUAACUGACAUUUCUGCUGUAUGUAGGAGGUAUUGCUGUAAAUACUUUCUGAGGGACACGAGCUCCAAUUGAUUUCAUGCUUCAAUGCGAAGUUGUACAUAUUUAUAGAAAUGUUAAGUAAGGCAAGUUCUCUUAGCUCGGCAGCUUUCUUAAGCCGCGUCUUCGGCGAAAGGUUCCCCCCAAACUGUGGUGUCUUAUAGAUUAUUAUUUAAUGGCUUGGAUGGGAAUGAACGUGAUUUAUUGUCUUUAUUCUAGUUCAGUUAGACGCUUCCAGCAUGCUUUUAACCACUAAACUAAACACUCCUGUAAAAUGAAAACGACCUUAUAACUGUGUUGGAAAAAAUAAAGAAAAGUCUAUUUGAGUCGAGUUAAA